UGCUUCAACUGUCACGUCACCAAGACCCCUCUCUGGCGUCGUACCCCUGACCGCAAGCACUCUCUCUGUAACGCCUGUGGUCUCUACCUCAAGCAAUACAACUACAUGCGCCCUCUCGGCCCCCGCGCCCGUACCCACCCCUCUCCCUCCACCGCAGCGGCCUCAACCCCAGUUGACAAAGGCAACCGCUGCGUCAACUGCGCAUGCACCGAGACCUCGUUGUGGAGAAAGAACGAGAGGGGCGAGGCGGUGUGUAAUGCGUGUGGAUUGUAUGCUAAGCUUCAUGGACGUGAGAGGCCGGUCAGUAUGCAGAAGAAGAAGAUUACGAGGAGGAAGAGG